CACACCCACGUCAUCGUCUCCUCACAACCUUCGCACCCGUUCACCCCCCAGCACACAAGAUCACACGAACCCCGACUCGGAAAGCUCAAUCUACUUUCACGCGGGCGCGAGAGAUGUCCUACCUAGCAUCUAUACACCCAGCCUCAGCUGUCAGGCACGCGAUCAAGGCGAACUUUCUUGCUCCGGAUGAGUCGUCUCUGCUGGUUGCUAAAUCAAAUCGAGUUGAAGUGUACGCGUUCGCCAUUGACGGGCUGUCACUACGAACCACAUUCACAGUCUACGGUGUCGUCGUUGCGCUCCUCAAGUUGCGCCCCGAAACCAGUCCCACAGACCACAUCUUCAUCUUGACGGACCGCCAUGACUACUUCGUAAUCUCGUGGGAACCCGAAAAAAAGACUAUUCGCAACGAGAAAUAUGCCGAGGAUGUUGCGGACCGCUUUUUACGAGACUCCCCCGCGGGGAUCAAGUACAUUGCCGACCCGGCGGGCCGUAUGCUGGGGAUACACUCGUAUGAAGGGACGUUCCUCGCAUUGCCGUUGAUACAGCCUAUUACCGACAAGAGGAAACGGAGAAAGACGGGGGCAGUGUGUGUCGCAGGAGAGCUCGAGGGCCACUAUCCCAUCAAGAUGCAAGACCUGAUGGUCAUCGAUAUCGUCUUCCUCCACAGCACUGACCACCCGGCAUUGGCGGUUCUCCACCAGGGCAAUGGACCGGACUCUGCUAUACUGUCGACAUAUAAAGUCGUCUUCGGAGGAGGGACUUGGGAACUUCAACCAUGGGAGACUAGCGCUCCCCCUCUUGAGCAAGAGGGGAGGAUGUUGAUCCCCGUACCCGAGCCGCUGGGUGGAGUGAUGGUAAUAGGCGAUAGUAAGAUAUCGUAUUUCCCGGCACAGGAGGAAGGUCUCGGGGUCUUUCAUCGGGUCGCCGAGCCAACCCGAUUUGUGGCCUGGGGGAAGAUCGACGCACAACGUUUCUUACUGAGUGACAACACCGGAAAGCUCCAGCUGUUAUUCCUGGAUGUGGAUGCAAACGAGAAAGUUCUCGAGAUCAAAAUUGAGACGAUUGGACAGGCGUCGAUAGCAAGCCAGUUGAUUUACCUGGAUAACGGCCAUGUGUUUAUCGGAUCGUCUAAAGGCGACUCACAGCUGAUAAAACUGUCUGCAAAGGAUCCGAGAUGCGAGAUCAUCCAGAUCUCCCCCAGUCUCGCUCCGAUCCUGGAUUUCCAGGUGAUCAGCACCGGCCAUUCCAGUGGUGACGAGCAACAGAAUCUUUAUAGCUCUGGCCAAACUAGUAUCGUGACAGGCUGUGGAGGGUUUCAUGCCGGGGGAUUACGAUCUGUGAAGAGUGGCGUGGGUCUGAAGGAUCUAGCUAUCUUGGGCGAUAUGAUGGGCGUCAAGAAACUGAUACCACUGGGGGUCACUCUCCAGAACCCGUUUCACGACACUCUGCUGGUGUCAUUUAUUGACGAAACGAGGGCCUUCAGGUUUGAUGACGAGGGUGAGGUGGAAGAGCUCGACAGUUUUAAUGGAUUCGCCAUGGAGGAAGAGACCUUGGCCGCAUGCCUUCUAUCGGACGAGCGGUUACUCCAAGUCACGCCUUCCCGGAUCAGAAUUGUGGAUGCAACAGGCGGAAUGGUGCACUCGGAAUACGUGUCUGACUCCAAGAUUGUCGCAGCCGAUGUCAAUUGCGACCUCCUUGUUUGCAAUUUCGGAAACACGACGCUCGCAGUAUUUAAUCUGGGUGGGAACGCGGAUGAGAUCGUGGAAGUCGGCCGUCGCACCUUUGAGAACGAGAUUUCCUGCCUUUUCGCUCUCUCGAACUAUCCGCUUGUCUGCGCUGUUGGCUUUUGGACAUCGUCCGCGGUUGCAUUGCUAUCGCUCCCCGGUCUGAAGACGCUCGCCGAAGAGUCAUUGGGUGGUGAUGUCACGGUUCCACGCUCCAUAGCGAUAGCCACCAUCGUUGAAGGACAGUCCCCGACCUUGCUGGUUGCCAUGGGAGAUGGAACACUUGUUACUUUCUCAACCAACGACAAUUGGACGCUGUCGCAAAAGAAGUCGAUUUCCUUGAGCACUCAAGCCUUCUCCUUCCAGCUUAUCCAGCGGGACGAGGGUCUCAGUGUGUUUGCCUCUUCUGCGAACCCCAGCCUGAUCUAUAGCGACGGGGGCCACAUCAUGUACUCGGCAGUCACGGCUGAGAAUGUUUCGUAUCUGGCGCCGUUCAACGCUCAAGGAUUCCCCAACUCGGUGGUGCUCGUGGCGAAUGGCGAGGUGAAGAUUUCGACCAUCGAGACGACGCGAAACAGCCACUACAAGACGCUGCGCAUGGGCGAUGUGGUUCGUAGGGUUGCCUACUCCAAGGAACGGCAACUGUACGGCAUCGUUACGAUUGCUGCCUGGCAGACCUUUCCGACUGUCAACGAGAGACAUACCUGCUUUGUGAGGAUUGUCGACGACUACGAGUUUAGUGUGGUGAACUCGUACGAGCUGGAGCCAAACGAACUGGUUGAAUCUAUAAUAUGUGUUCAGCUUGGCGACUGGGAUGGCAAGAAGACUGACAAGUUCUUGGUGGGCACCGGAAAGAUUCCAGAUUAUGCGGAUAUGGAGGACGGAAACUCAGAGUGCAAGGAGGGGAGACUACUGAUUUUCGAGAUCUCGGAAGCCCGCAAGCUGCUGCUCCUCGCCGAACUGAAGCUGAAGGGCGGUGUCAAGUGCAUAGACAUGGUGGGCGAGGACAUCGUGAUUGCCUUGAACAAGACUAUCGAAGUGUACUCCUACCAGUUUGCCAUGCACGGCAAGCAAUUCCUCCAGAAGCUCGCCUCCUUCCGCUGCCACAGCGAGCCGCAAGACAUUGGCGUGACCGGCAACCACAUCUGCGUCGCAGACCUAAUGAAAGGCCCCUCGCUGCUAUCCUACAGCCGGACGCCCAUGCCGACACUCACCGAGAUCUCGCGCGCCUACGGCACACAGUGGAGCACCGCCAUCGACAUGAUCGACGCCAACACGCUCGUUAACGCCGACGCAGAAGGCAACCUGUCUAUCUGGUCACGGGACACCACGCUGCUCUCGGAGGACCAGCAGCAGCAGCAGCGGCUCUCCCGGACCGGCGAGCUGCACCUGGGGCAGAUGAUCAACCGGAUCCGGCGGAUCCCGGACGUAUCCGAGCACCACGCGACGCCCAACGCCGUCCUGCAGCCGUGCGCGUACCUCGCCACCGUCGACGGCGGGCUGUUCCUCCUCGCAAAGAUCGCGGAAGACAAGACGCAGUUGCUCCUGCAGCUGCAGGCGAACCUCGCACAGGUCGUCCGCGGCGUCGGCGGCCUCGCGUUCGAUGAGUGGAGGGGCUUCGUCUCCCCCGCUAGAGUCAUGGACGGCCCAUUUAGGAUUGCGGAUGGUGACUUUGUCAUGCGGUUUCUGGAACUGGAUGAUGACGCGGCGAAGGGCGUGGUGGAAGGCACUGGCGGUGGCGGCGCCAUGCCCCUCAAUAAGUCGGUCGAGGAGGUGCGCAGCUUGGUCGAGAGCUUGAAGACGUUCCAUUAGGUGUGCGGGCGGAUUGGGUAGUUUCUGGGGUUGGUGACAUCUGAUGGGGUUCUGCUGCUUUUUCUUGUGGUUAUUGUUUUCUUCGGGUUUUAGGCGGUAGACACGAUGGCUAGACAAUGUUGAUGGCAAAUCAGUAGGACCUCAAAGUUUGUGUUGUUGAUGAUAAUUCGUAGGGUUUCUCACGUGGCAUUUCCACAUUCCAUCGUCAGAAGGCAGUCGUAGUAAAGCCUCC